AUGCGAGGUGCAAUCAUACUUGGUGUUACAAUUGGAGCAUGCACGAUGUUGUUGAUCUUCUUAUUAGGCAUACUCUACAAUAACCGAAAAAAAUUGAAGACCUCGGUGCUUUUCAAUUUGAAUAUUUGGAUCUUAAUAGCUACUAUAAUAAGGUCCGGUUGCUACUUGAACUAUUAUAUGAAUGAUUUAGCCAGUGUGAGUUUUAAUUUUACUGGUGUUUACCACGGCGAAAGUUUUGCUAGCUCUAAUGCCGCUAAUGCGUUCAAAACAAUUAUGUUUGCAUUAGUCGAAUUAUCGUUAACGUAUCAAAUCUACGUUAUAUUCAGGUCAACAACUUUGAAAAACUGGGGUAUAGCAGCAACCAUCUUGGCAGGAUUGUUAUCCUUAGCAUCUGUUGCAACCCAGAUUUGGAGCUCAGUUUUGGCUCAUAAAAACUUCAAAGCGUCUACAAAAGGUUUGUACGUGUCGGGUGCCUGGAUGGACUUGCCGACUAUCUUAUUUGCUGUUAGUAUAAAUAUCAUGUCCUUACUACUAUUAUUCAAGUUGGGUAUUGCAAUAAAAACAAGAAGAUACUUGGGAUUGAGGCAGUUUGAUGGAUUCCACAUUUUGUUCAUCAUGUCAACGCAAACACUAAUCAUUCCAUCAAUACUUUUAUUCGUUCACUACUUUUUAACUUCAAAUUCUGGCCCCGAUUUGAUCAACGUGGCAUUACUACUAGUAGUGAUAUUUCUUCCAUUAAGCUCCUUGUGGGCACAAACAGCAAAUAACGUACGGAGAAUUGAUUCUUCGCCAAGCAUGUCUUUUAUUUCAAGAGAAUCUUCAAAUAGUAGUAGUGGUAGUAGUGGCGGUGGCGGCGGUGGCGGCAGCAGCGGCGAUGCUUUACGUCAAGCUUCAAAAAUUUCCAGAUUUAAUACAUAUAAUUCAUCAACAACUAGUCCAACUACUUUGAGAGAUGACUCACUGUAUGUCACGGAGAAAAUAGUAAAUCAACCAAUAAGUGGCAUAGAUGCAAAUUUACCUUGCGAUUUAGAAAAAUACUUGUUUGAUGACUCUAACAAUGAGGGUGAUGGAAUGAUUGCUAGAGAAGUUACAAUUUUGAAAACCUAA